CCCCGGAGCGCUCCGACUACAACCCCCAGGGUGCACCGGGCACGGCGACCUUUGCAGAGCCCUUUUCAAACCGGCCAAUCGCAGCCUGCGCGGCGCCCGCCGCGGCUCGUUUAAAUUUGGGGCAGAGGCUCUGUGGCUGGGCGGUCGCAGCCGCUUAGGGUGACUUCCUGAUAGCUCUCGGCAUGGACGGGGGACACGGCGGCGACGCGCCUUCAGCCAGCCAGGCAGGAGAAGCGGAGAUGAAUGUCCCCAAGAAGGACGACGUUCUUCUUUUGGCCGAUGAAAAAUUUGACUUCGAUCUUUCAUUGUCUUCUUUAAGUGCAAAUGAAGAUGAUGAAGUCUUUUUUGGACCCAUUGGCCAUAAAGAAAGAUGCAUUGCUACCAGCUUAGAAUUAAAUAACCAGAUUCCUGCAGAACCCCUCUUGCCAGCCUCGGAAUGUCACUUCCGUUGGAGCCCUCUCACUGGGGAGAAGUUUGUGGAAGUUUAUAAAGAAGCUCACUUGCUGGCCUUACAGAUACAAAGCAACAGCAGAAGCGAGGCGGCCCCAGCUGCCAGGCCUGAGGACCUUUGGAGCCAGGGCGUUGAGAGAUUCAUACAGGAAUCAAAGUUAAAAAUGCACCUGUUUGACAAAGAGAAUGACAUGAAGAAAAGCCCCAGGUCACUUAAAAGGGAGACAUACUACCUGGCGGACAGCCCCUUGGGACCACCGCCCUCGGGAAUCCAGCCCCCCUCAGGCAUGGGCCAGCAGGGGGCUCCUGCCCAGGCCAGCCUCCCCCAGCCGCAGAGGCCACCGCUGUCUUCUUCUUCUUUGCCAGAGGAACCAAGUUCCGUUCGCCUUCCAGGCCAGGCAGCGACUCAGAAGAAGGUCUUCAGCAAGUUGCUGCCUCCCCGAGCCUCAUCCAUUCGAGGAAAAAGCACUUCCUUGGCCGUGGACAAGCCUACGAAAGAGAAACCAGCUAGUCCCUCCAGGAUGAAGAUCCUAAAUGAAAAGGAUCUCCACAGGGACAUGGCCCCUGACAAGCCCAGUGCUGCCCGGGAUGUCACCAGCUUGCCAGCCAGUGGCAGCCACUUGGUCCAAGGCAAGCGCACGCUCCCUGUUCCAAACAAGUUGAAGCUGAAGAAAUCCCUGUUAAAACCACCUGGUUGUGCUGGCAGUCUUGCAAGAAAGUCCUCUUCCUGUGGGUCCGUUUCGGGCGUGACUUCCACUGUGCCUGCUGAACCAGCCGCAGGCAGAGGUGAACGUCCAAGCACUCCUGCAGACGGUUCCCGGCCUCUGUCGGAUACCAGCCAGUCGGGCAGACCAGGAUCCGCCGUGCCGCGGCCGGCUCUGCAGGGAGGCCCUGGGGCUGUGUGCAGGCGGAGCCGGGGGGCCGCUGGGCCUGCUGAGCUGACAGCGGAGCGACCCACAGCGCCCAGCGCAGCAGCUCUCCCCCAACCCCAGACUCCAGAGCAGGGAGGCCCAAGGCUGAACUCUCAACGGAAUAAAACCGGGAGUACAAGAAGGCGAGAUUCUUUCCUGAAUUCCAAGACAAAGGUUAUGCCCACCCCUACAACUCAAUUUAAAAUUCCUAAGUUUGCUACUGGUGAACCCCCAGACAGCACGACACCCCGGUUCUCUCGGGCACAGAGGCCACAGUCCUGCACAUCGGUGGAGAGGGCGGCCGUCCACAGCACUCCUGCGCGGCGCUCCUCAGGGCCGGCCUCACAGAGCCUGGUAAGCGCUGCGAGGAUGUCGGCCUUGCCUACGCCUGCCGGCCGUCGGCUGUCUGGUCUUCCACUGAUGACCCCUAGAACCGUGCCCAGGGUCCUGGCUUCUCCCCUGUGCGUGUCUGCUCGGCAACUUUCUUCUGAGCCCCGGAAAAAGUCUGCAGUGAGAACUGUGCCCGUGACGGGGAGCCACAGCAAGGCUGCACCUAGGUGUUUGGACUUGUCGUCAGACGGGGGUUUUUCUCCUCCGCCUGCUGUGCCGCAGGCACUCAAUUUUUCUCCAGAAGAGAAUGAUUUUACUUUUCCAAAAAGUAUCACCAUGGAAGUAGCACUGGACGAAGCCCAGCCACCUGAAGCGACGUCCCCCAGUGAGGCUGUUCUUGUGGAUAUCACACUGGACCAGCUUACCAUCACUCCGAAAGCUGGAGGCGCGCCCCUCGCCGACCUGCCCCUCAUUGACCUGUGCGGCACUCCAGAAGCAAACGUGGCCUGGGCAUCUGAAAGCAGGCCUCUGAUCGACCUCCUGGUAAACACACCAGACACAGACAGGAACACUGCAUCUAAGCUGCCCCACGAGGUGGGACAGCUGAUAGACUUGUGUUCUCCUCUGAUCCAGCUGAGUCCGGAGGCCGACAAAGAAAACAUGGAUUCACCACUUCUCAGGUUCUGAGUGGAAUGAAAUCUUCCCAACUUACUUUGUUACAACAACAGUCAGUCCUAAAGUGGUUUCAACCCUUACAAGCAACCUUUAGGAGAAUAUUUAUGGGGAAAAAUGUUUUAAACCUAAGUGAAAUUGCUGUGCCUGGAGUGGGGGCUGUGGGAUUGGGGGUGUGUGUGUGCCCACCUGCGGUGACUACUGUCCGGCAACGCUGUCGUCACAGCCCCACACGACCCUGGAGUACGAGUCGGAAGUCCUCCAACUGAAGAAUUUGUUUUGAUUUGUGUGUGUGUGUAAAAAAGCAAGUGACUGUUUUAAAAACCAAGUUUGUAUGAAAAGUUAA